AUGGGCGAUGGGGGCGCCGAGCGUCAGCGCGGUCCCGCUUGCCAGGAAGAAUCCGGAGACGGCGGCGGGAGCGGUGGAAACCGCGGUGGGUCGAAAGACACGCACGCUCGUGAUGGCGACCGCAGUCCAGGAGAUAUCGCGGGUACCUCGGCCUCCAGCCCGGCAGGCUCCAGGGACAACGACCGGCAGCCUGGGCCCGGAGAGACGGACCACUGCCGCCGCAUCCUGAUACGAGAUGCCAAAGGAACCAUUCGGGAAAUUGUCCUGCCUAAGGGCCUGGACCUAGACCGACCCAAGCGAACUCGUACAUCCUUCACAGCAGAGCAGCUGUACCGCCUGGAGGUGGAAUUCCAGCGCUGCCAGUAUGUGGUGGGCCAUGAGCGCACAGAGCUGGCCCGCCAGCUGAACCUCUCUGAGACCCAGGUGAAGGUCUGGUUCCAGAACCGCCGCACCAAGCAAAAGAAGGACCAGAGCAGACACCUUAAGAAGUGGACAUCCUCCUCAACCUCUGAGGCCUUCGCCACCUCCAACAUCAUGCAGCUGCUGGAGCAGAGCCGGCUGCUCUCCAUGCCCAGAGCCCCAGGCCUCCUGGCACUGACCCCUAGCUUGCCAGGCCUGCCUGCUGGACAUAGGGGCACAAACAUGGGUGACCCCAGGAACUCCUCCCCACAUCUCAACCUGCUGACCACAACCUCAAGAUCUCCCACACUGCUGUGUCCACCACCGCCCUUCUGUUUUUCCAUGGCUCCCCUCCUGGACCUGCCUGCUGAAUACAAACUGGGCUCCUUGACCUUUGAGCCCUACAGCCAUCUAGAAUGGAAAGUGGGCAGCCCCAGCAACAAGAAAGCUCACACUUAA